AACGCCAGGUGCCUUUAGCGAAAAUGGACAGCAAAAUUAUUGUAACCUCUCACCCACGCUAUGGAUAUUACUACGACAUCAAGACCAGUGAUCAAACUGUUCCAUUUAUACCGAAUCUCGGGGUCUCGCGCAGAAGUGUUUUUGAUGAAGUUAAGACGCCAGCGUACAAGAAACAACAUAACGUUUUCCGUGACUAUACAAUCGGCCGCUCCUCGCCUGUUUGGAAAGUCAGCCCUGCUGCACGGAGGGCCGCGGCGAAUAGCCGUCUUGAACAACUAUCACAACCCAAAAAGUUUCACUCGGAGUACGAGCCUUGCAGACCAGUUCAAACUACAGUGUCUUCUGCGGCACAAAAAGCUGCUGCAUCACCGCGAACAGAGGACCUAAGUCAACCGAAGAAAAGAUCCCCUAUCGAGGGACGCGAGUGGACCAUAAAGCAAAGUGCGCUGCUGUCGCGGGCCUCAGCAAGAGUGCACGAACUGUCUCACGCUAAAGGUGUUCCCAUAGGGUUCACGCCAGACAAGAUAGAAGUUUGGCAAGUGUCGAAAGCUGCACUGAAAGCCAGGCCUUCCAAAAGAAUUGAUGACCUGGCUUUACCAAUCAAAAGAGAAAUAGCAACAAAUUUGCCAAACUCUGACGCUUUUGAAGUCUCUAAAGCUGCUCAAAAAGCAAAGUGUUCGGACAGAUUAGCUGAAUUGGCCCAACCAAUCAUCAGAGGGUAGUCAGCAUACUAACUUGGACUAUUUAUUUAUAUAUUUAUUUUUCAUUUGUUUAUAAAUUCAUUAACCUUCUGUUGCCUUUGAACUCAU